CACACGGCGGAGGGACUCGCCAGGGCCUCGCUCGCUCCGCGCGGCGCCGGCGGGAGCGGCCUGUCACACGCGCGCCCGGGGAGACUCCGCCGCGUGUCCGCGGCCAUAGUGUUGUACGGAGCCAGCCGAGCCCCGCCUCUGUUGCCCCCCCCCCCCCCCAGUCGGAGGCGCCGCUGACGGCUCAGCUCAUCGGGAGGCGGAUGCCUUGCAGCGGCCAGGAGGCAAGCGAGCGGCGCCGGGAGCGACUUUUCCCUCCCUCCCUCCUUCCCUCCCCUCCCCACCAGCCCCGCGGCAUCGGCGCCGUACGGCGGCGCCUCGGCCAAAGUGGCGGCGCCCGUGCGGCGGCCGCCAUCUUGGUUGACGGCAGUGCCGUACAGAAACCCCUUCCCCAGCGGCGGAGGGGCUGCCGGGGUGACCUGGCUCCGCCAUCUUGCCGUACGGCGGCGGCCCGUGCCGGCGGGCGGGGGCCGGGGCCGGGGCGGGCCCGGCCGGCGGCGGCCGGAGAUGGUGAUCUGCUGCGCCGCCGCCAACUGCUCCAACCGGCAGGGGAAGGCGCACCGCGGCGCCGUCUCCUUCCACAGGUUCCCCCUGAAGGAUUCCAAGCGCCUGAUUCAGUGGCUGAAAGCCGUUCAGAGGGACAACUGGACUCCCACCAAGUACUCGUUUCUCUGCAGCGAGCAUUUCACCAAAGACAGCUUCUCGAAGCGGCUGGAAGACCAGCACCGGCUGCUGAAGCCCACGGCCGUCCCCACCAUCUUCCAGCUCGCAGAGAAAAAACACGGCAACCUGGAUUAUGUCAGAAGCAGGAGGAAAAUAGCAAGCCAGGUGCCGCUGGAGGAUGGGGAAGAGCCGAGGGAAGGGGGCUGUGAGGUAGCCCAGAGUACCCUGUCUUCCGGCCAGGACUUCAUGGUGAAGCAAGAGACAACAGAGAUGGAGGAGGCGAGCGUGCAAGCGGGAACGGGAGCGGCGUCCCAGGAGGACAGCGGCCUCCCUGGCCAGCUGGACGGCCCUCGCAGGAGGACGUUAGGGGACAACUUGGUUGCCAAAGCUGGAACCCAGCUAAAGCCUGAGAGAUCCGCUGUGGAGGCCUGUCCCAGAGGCAGCUGGGCGGGGAGCUGGGUGGCAGACAGGAGCGGCGUGUCAGUCGACGACUUCACGCCCGCCGCCUCCGGCGCUUGCAAGUUCAUCGGCUCCCUGCACUCGUACAGCUUCUCCUCCAAGCACGCCAGAGAGAGACCUCCUCUGCCCAGAGAGCAGCUGGAGAGGAAAAGGCCAAAGAGAGAUGCGGAGCCAAGCUGCAGCAGCCACCUCCUGGGACGCGACAAGGCCGUAGGGGAAGGCUCCCCCACCUCCUCCCUCACGGCCACCCCUCAGAAGCCCCCGCAGGGCUCGUCGGCGUCCCCGGCAGACCUCACCCCGCAGCCCGCCGCCGAGGCCGUGCUGGGGAGGAAGGGGGACACGGAUGCCAACCCCAUGUCCAUCAACGAGGUGAUUAUGUCGGCCUCGGGAGCCUGCAAGCUCAUCGACUCCCUGCACUCGUACUGUUUCUCCUCCAGGCAGAGCAAGAGCCAGGUGUGCUGCUUGCGCGAGCAGGUGGAGAAGAAGAACGGAGAGCUGAAGCUCUUGAGGCAGAGGAUCAGUCGCUCUGACAGCCAAGUCAGGAAGCUAAAGGAGAAGCUGGACGAGCUGAAGAGGAUCAGUUUCCCUUACUUGAACAGCCUGCUAUCCCAGGACUGUGAGACUCCCCAGCUGAAUCCUGUGAUGGAGCCCCUGUCCUGGAUGCUGGGCACCUGGCUCUCCGACCCGCCGGGCGACGGCACCUUCCCCACCAUGAAACCCUUCCAGUACCUGGAGGAAGUGCACAUCUCUCACGUGGGGCAGCCCAUGCUCAACUUCUCGUUCAAUGCCUUCCACCCAGACACCAGGAAGCCCAUGCACCGAGAAUGUGGAUUCAUCCGCCUCAAGCCUGACACUAACAAGGUGGCCUUCAUCAGUGCCCAGAACACAGGUCUGGUGGAGGUGGAGGAAGGGGAGGUGAAUGGACAAGAGCUGUCUAUAGCUUCUCACUCCAUAGCCAGGAUCUCCUUUGCCAAGAAGCCCCACGUAGAGCAGAUUACCAGAAAGUUCAGGCUCAAUUCUGAUGGGAAACUCGAACAGACCGUCUCCAUGGCAACCACUACGCAGCCCAUGACCCAGCACCUCCACAUCACCUACAAGAAGGUGACUCCCUGAGGCCCCUGACUGCCUCUGCUCCCCCCUGGGGCUGUGGAGCUGCCCCUCCUCUUGAGAAUGUUACUCAGAUGUUUCCAUUAUGGUAUAUUAAAAAAAGUGAAAUAAAAAGCUUUUAUUUUUA